AAGUUUUAAAAUUUCUUGUUGCAAGUUAAUUGUUCGAUACUAUUGAAUAACAUAAAAAGCAUGCACGCGAAACAACUUCUGCUGAAUAGAAGGUAACAUUAUUUUCUGCGAAGGAAGCAGAUGUCAUUCUUCAGAUAACAGUCAACAUGGAAAGAUCGAAACAUACCGCAUAUCAAGAUUUCGAAUGGGCGGUGAAUCUAAAUCGUAAGAGUUUAGAUUUUAUUGGACUUUGGCUUAAAACCGCACAAAGCCCUCGACAGAAGUUAAUGUGCAAUUUUCGUGCAUGCAUCGUACUCCUGGGAGUAAUAAUUUUCGUUCUGAUUCCUGCUAUACAUUCAUUAAUAAGAAUUUCUGGAGAUAUUUUGCUAGUGAUAGACAACUGUCCAUUUUCUUUACCGGGCAUAAGCUGUGCGAUAAGAAUCGGAAUUUUUUGGUGGAAAAAGGAAGCUAUCAUACCGAUCAUGAAUAUGAUCGCGGAGGAUUGGGCAAAAUCGACAAAUGUUCAAGAUAGAAAGAUCAUGAUUAGACAUGCGCAGAACGCACGCAUUAUUAUUAUUUGUGCUUUUUGCAUAAUGGGAGUAGCAUGCAUCUUUUCUAUCGUUCUCCCGACUUUUGGAAUAUCAAUAAGGUUGACACCCAACAUUACUGAUCCAGGCAGACCUAUGCCUCUACAAUCGUAUUAUUUUUAUGACAUAACUAAAAGCCCGCAGUACGAAUUAACAUUUAUUAGCCAAGCAAUCGGCAUAGUUCUCGCGAUCAUGGCUUAUUCUGGAAUUGACAAUUUUCUCGGGUUACUAAUCUUCCAUAUAUGUGGCCAACUGGACAUUCUUAAAAAUCGUUUGACAUAUCUGGAUAAAUAUAUCAAUUCUCAAGCUAUGCUAAAAAGCUGUGUAGCAAAGCAUAAUAGUUUACUUAGUGCUAUUGAGGUUGUCGAAGAUACAUAUAGAAUAAUACUUCUAUCAUUAUUUGUAUACUUCGCAAUACUGUUUGCUCUUCUUAGUUUCGGGGUAAUUACAAUGUUCGACGAAGGAAAUGAUUUGUCAAUCCCAAGGUUGGUAUUCUUUGUAUCCACGAUUUUCAAUAUAUUUGGACAUAUGUGUGUGUACUGUGCUCUAGGCGAAUUUUUGGUGGCCAAAUGUGAUGAAAUGUAUUAUGCGGCCUACUGUAAUGAAUGGUAUUCCGUGGAUCCAAAACUUGCACGCGACUUGUUGCUUUUGGUGAUAAGAGGAACUAAACCGAUUUAUCUCACUGCUGGAAACAUGUUCCCCAUAACAAUGAACACAUUUUGCAAUUUAAUGAAAACGUCAGUUGGAUAUAUAUCUAUUUUACAUACGACGCGAGGUUAUUAGAAAUAUCAAAUGGAGCUAAAAUUGUUGUAGGAAUAUGUUAUUUUUAGAAAGCGAUAAACUGAGUGUAAAUAUUAAAAUGUUAUAUAAGCAAAUAAAAUAUAGAUUUUCCUGCACGA